AUGACGGAAGCGGAUAAUAAUACCUACGAUCUCGAUACCCAAAUCCAAGAACAGCUCACGGACUAUUAUGAGACUCACACGGACCGCAACCUCGACACUUCCGCUUGGACUGAUCUUCGUCUUAGUCCUGAGAUCGUGCAGUGGGCUGAAGAUCAAGAUAUCACUGUCAAUGACCUCCUAGCAAGACCAGUCAUUAAAGCAAUACAAGUAGACGAUACCCUUCCAAUAACAGACUAUUUCAUCUCCUCAUCCCACAACACCUACCUCCUCUCUCGCCAACUCCUAGGCCGAUCCUCAGCCGAAGCCUAUACCCACGUCUUAUCCCGCAACGCCCGUUGCGUCGAAAUCGACGUCUGGCCAUCCUCCAAAGGCCUCCUCGUAACCCACGGCUACACACUAAGCCACGGCGUCCCCUUCUCCUCCGUCUGCCUCGCCAUCAACACCUCCAUAAACCCCACCGACUGGCCCCUCUUCGUCAGCUUGGAGUGUCACGUGGACUUGCAAGGCCAGGGGGAGUUGGUGCGCAUUAUGAAGGAGACGUGGGGCGACAAAUUGGUGGUGGGUAGGAUUGAGGGUGUGCAGGAUGGGAUGGUUACACCGGCGCUGCUUAGGGGACGGAUUGUGGUUAUGGUGGAGUAUUACCUGCCGGUGACAAAGCGGAGUGUGGAGUCGCAGCCGGGGGGAGAGGAGCUGUUGGAAGAUGAGGAGGAGGAGGAUGAGUGGGCGUAUGAAGAGGAUGGGGAAGAAGAGGGUCUGGCAAAUCAGGAUGGGAACGAGCGUCCCGAUGAACGAAACCAACAGCCAGGAGAAGACAAAGGCACCGGACUUUGGCCAUGGAAGAGAAAGCCAAAGACCAAGCAACCAAAGGUAAAGAUAUCCGACGAGCUCGCCGAGCUAGGCUACUACGCGCGCAGCAUGAAACCGCGCAAAGGAUGGCUUGACCAACCACUCCCAUCACCACCUCACAUCCUGAUAAACAUCUCCGAAACCUCCCUCUCCUCCCUCUCCGCCACCUCCCUCCCCCCCUUAAUCACACACGCAUCCCAACACCUCAGAAGAGUCUAUCCCCGCGGCACGCGUAUCCAAUCGAGCAAUUUCGCUCCUGAAGUAUAUUGGAGGAGUGGAACGCAGGUUGCGUCGUUGAAUUGGCAGAGGUAUGAUUCCAUCAACACGACACCCGGCAAAGUCCCCUCCCAAGGCGCCGAUUUCGUUUUACCACCCGAUUCAAGGCGCUUCGAGUGGGAAUACGCAUCCGAUGAGCUUGCGUUCUUGCGGUUGGGGGUGUAUGAGGACGAGAAGGGGAAGGACGAGUUGAUGGGUGUGUUUUGUGCGAGGUUGGAUAGGGUUGUGCGGGGCGAGUGGGUGGUUGUGAGGAUGAUGGAUGGGAAGGGGAAGAGUGAGGGGGCGAGUUUGGUUAUGAGGGUGGGGGUGGAGAAGGUGCAUUUUCCAUAUGUUGGCGGCAAGUUGGCCAUUGCAGGCAAAGCAAGGUGGACAGAAAUAAAUAUUGAAUAG